AUGGAUGAAAACUUCUUACGACAUUGUUAUGUCAUACGAAAUUCUGAACAACAACAGCAGCAGCAACAUAAUCAUCGAUAUACACGUUUUGAUGAUCAUCGUUCAUUUACAGAACAACAAUCACAACAACAAUUAACAUUGACACCUCCUGUCGACAAAUAUCAUCUUGUCUAUUUUGGACUAUUUUGUUGUGGAAUUGGUUUUUUAUUACCUUAUUCAAUCUAUAUAACAUGUGUUGAUUAUUUUCAUACACAAUUUCCACAAACAGCAAUUAUAUUUCAUUUAAAUUUUAUUUAUAUUAUUUUGGCAUUUAGUACAGUUUUAUUUAGUAAUAUUAUUGCAAAUGUUCUAUCAGUUAAACGUCGUGUGAUAUUUGGUUAUUGCCUUACAUUAAUUAUACUUAUGUUUAUUACUAUUUUUUGUGUUGGCUUAGAAAUGUUUCCACAAAAUUUAUCCUAUACUAUUUUUCUAUUAUCUGUUGCUAUACUCGCAAUUGGAUGUACAUUACAACAAUCAAGUUUUUAUGGAUUAACAAGUAUGUUACCAUUUCGAUAUACACAAGCUGUAAUGACUGGUGAAAGUUUCGCUGGUCUACUUGCGUCUUGUGCUCGGAUUAGUACAAAUUUAUUUAUGCCAAAUGAUAGUCAUUUGAGCACAAUAUUAUUUUUUUCACUUGGCCUUUUAUUUGUUCAAUUUUGUUUUAUAUUUUAUCUUAUGAUUCAACGUUCAACAUUUAUUGAAUAUUAUGUUCGUCAAUGUGAAAAUGCAAAACGAAAUGAAGAUAUUGAAUUUCAAAUUCGAUGUCAUGCAGCAUCGAUUAAUUCGAAACAAACGAUAAUUGAUGAAUCUGAAGAAACUCUUGAAUCAAAUACAUCAACUAUUCGAGAUCCUCAUUUUGGGAUAUUAACUAUGGAUACAUUUGAUGAUCAACAACAGCCAAUUAUUCCAACAAAUUAUGAAUAUUCUUUAAAACUAUGGUUUCGAAUUAAACGUGAAUGGUAUCGUCGAGUUGAUUGCAUGAGAACAAUAUGGCCUUAUAUGAUUUGUAUAGCAUUUACGUAUUUUGUAACUUUAUCGUUAUUCCCUGGUGUUGAAUCUGAAAUGAUUAAUUGUCAAUGGCGUGAAUCGUUACCAAUUAUUUUAAUGGCUUUAUUCAAUAUAUUUGACGUUUUUGGUAAAAUAUUUGCACUUGCAACUCAUCAUAUAUUGUCGCCAAUGAAAUUAUUGCUCUGUAGUCUUUUACGUUUUAUUUAUAUACCAUUGAUGAUUCUAUGUAUUUUACCUAAACGUUCACCAUUGUUAUCAAAUAUAUUUUGGCAAUUUUUUCUAUCAAGUACACUUGGUUUAACAAAUGGGUAUUUCGGUAGUGUACCAAUGAUUCGUGCACCAGUAACAAUUAUUGAAGAACGAAAAGAAUUAACAGGAAAUUUAAUGAUGUUUUCUUAUUCCGUUGGAUUAACACUUGGAAGUCUUUUAUCUUAUUUACUUGAUGCAAUCAUCGGUCAAAGUACUGGCGUUGACUGGUGUCAACCAGUAUCACUACUCAAUCAAACGAUAUGGACUACCAUUAAUAAUACUACUAAUAAUAAUGACAACAGCUCUUGA